AUGGCGAAUCUAACACGGCUAAUUUCCAGUCUUUGGAUUAUCUUUUCCUUUCUGAGUGUUUCUACAGUUGCCGAAACCCAGGAGGUGACUCAAUGGCCUCUUCACGACGAUGGCUAUAACAAGGUCGUUGAAUGGGACCACUAUAGCUUCCAGGUCAACGGGCAGAGAAUCUUCAUCUUUUCCGGCGAGUUCCAUUACUGGCGUAUUCCCGUCCCGGGUCUAUGGCGUGACAUCCUCGAGAAAAUCAAGGCUGCGGGCUUCACAGCGUUUGCCUUUUACUCCAGCUGGGCCUACCAUGCACCGAAUAAUCAGACCGUUGAUUUCUCCACCGGUGCCCAUGACAUUACCCCAAUCUUUGAGCUCGCUAAAGAGUUGGGGUUAUACAUCAUCGUGCGCCCUGGGCCAUACGUCAAUGCCGAAGCCAGCGCCGGUGGAUUCCCACUCUGGUUGACGACCGGUGCAUACGGCACUCUGCGAAACAAUGAUACGCGGUAUACGAAUGCCUGGAACCCCUACUUCACCGAGAUGUCUACGAUUACCAGCAAAAACCAAGUGACAAAUGGCGGAAAUGCUCUUGUCUACCAAAUUGAGAACGAGUACGGCGAUCAAUGGAUUGGCACCGCAUCGGAGCGCGUGCCAAAUGAGACGGCGAUUGCGUAUAUGGAACUUCUCGAGGCCAAUGCCCGUGCGAAUGGCAUCAGGAUCCCACUCACAGCGAACGACCCGAACAUGAACUCGCACUCCUGGGGAAGCGACUGGUCCAACGAGGGUGGCAAUGUCGAUGUCGCUGGUGUUGAUUCAUACCCAUCGGCAAGUCCGCCUUUCCGUCCUUGCUGGACCUGCGAUCUCAGCCAAUGCACUUCCACCAACGGCGCAUAUGUCGCAUACGAGGUAGUGGACUACUACGACUAUUUCCAAGAAUCGCAACCAACUAUGCCAGAAUUCAUGCCCGAGUUCCAGGGAGGCUCUUAUAACCCAUGGGGAGGGCCAGAAGGUGGUUGCCCCGAUGACAUAGGGACGGAUUUUGCCAAUCUGUUCUAUCGCUGGAAUAUUGGCCAACGAGUUACAGCCAUGAGUCUGUACAUGCUCUUUGGUGGAACUAACUGGGGCGCCAUUGCAGCGCCUGUUACCGCAAGCAGCUACGACUACUCUGCUCCUAUUUCAGAAGAUCGUUCAAUUGGCUCAAAGUAUUACGAGACUAAACUUCUCGCUCUGUUCACUCGCUGUGCGAGGGAUCUCACGAUGACUGAAUUGGUGGGCAAUGGAACGCAGUAUACCGAUAACUCGGCCGUGCGGGCGUACGAGUUGCGAAACCCGAACACGAAUGCUGGAUUUUACGCCACUUUCCAUUAUAAUACUUCCACCUCCUCGAAUGAGGCGUUCCACCUCAAGGUCAACACGUCUGCUGGUGAACUUACCGUGCCAAGACAUGCUGGAAAGGUUCGUCUUAAUGGGCAUCAGUCUAAAAUUGUCGUUACGGAUUUCACUUUCGGAUCGAAGACUCUCCUUUACUCAACCGCAGAGGUCUUGACUUAUGAAGUCUUUGACAACACCCCCACGCUGGUUCUUUGGGUUCCCACCGGUGAGACCGGCGAGUUCUCUAUUAAAGGAUCAAAGGCAGGGUCAGUCAAGAAGUGUCAAGGAUGCUCGAGUGUCAAGUUCAUGAGUGACAAAGCGGGCGUGACAGUAGCCUUCGUCCAGUCUUAUGGAAUGAGUGUGCUGGAAGUCGAUGAUGUCCGCGUCAUUCUUCUUGAUAGGACUUACGCAUACGAAUUCUGGGCUCCUGCGAUCACAAAUGAUCCAUUUAUCCCUGAAAAAGAGAGUGUUCUCGUUCAAGGCCCUUAUCUCGUCCGUGAUGCCAGUCUGUCCGGUUCAAAGCUUGCUAUUACAGGUGACAUCGUUGGCGCGACAACUCUCGAGGUCUUUGCACCAGAGGCUGUCAAGACCGUAACAUGGAAUGGCAAGUCGCUGAAGACCCAGCGCACGGCGUAUGGUAGUCUCAAGGGUUCAGUUGCGGCACCGAAGUCUAUUACCCUGCCUACCUUUGGAUCGUGGAAGUCGAACGAUAGCUUGCCCGAGCGCUUCACAUCAUAUGAUGACAAUGGAGCCGCAUGGGUUGAUGCUAAUCAUUUGACAACUCUGAACCCGAGGACUCCGACAAGUCUCCCCGUGCUGUAUGCCGACGAAUACGGCUUCCACAACGGCAUCCGUCUCUGGCGUGGCUACUUCAAUGGCACUGCAACCGGAGUUUUCCUCAAUGUGCAAGGUGGAUCUGCCUUCGGCUGGUCAGCCUGGCUCAACGGCGAAUUCCUCGGCUCGUACCUCGGCGACGCCUCAACAGAACAAGCCAAUUUGACCCUGUCCUUUUCCAACGUCACCGUAAGCACGAGCAAACCCAAUGUCCUCCUCGUCGUCCACGAUGACACAGGCCAUGACGAAACAACCGGAGCCUUGAACCCCCGCGGAAUCCUCGACUUCAAACUCGAAGGCUCAUCAACCGGGUUCUCGCACUGGCGUCUCGCCGGCACCGCAGGCGGCGAAUCAAACCUCGACCCAGUGCGCGGCGCAUGGAACGAAGACGGCCUAUACUGCGAGCGAGUCGGGUGGCAUCUCCCUGGCUUCGAUGACUCGGCCUGGUCAACCGCGUCAAAGGCCCAGACAAAGGUAAACGACACCACUAGCUCUCUGCUCAGCUUCACCGGUGCAACGGUGCGAUUCUUCCGAACGACCAUCCCCCUUGAUCUUCCCUUGGGUCGUGAUAUUUCGAUCUCGUUCAUUCUCGGCACACCCACUGGCUCGACCAGUUCGUACAGAGCUCAGCUGUUCGUGAACGGAUACCAAUACGGGCGGUAUUAUCCGUAUAUCGGAAACCAGGUGGUGUAUCCCGUUCCGGUGGGAAUUCUGGAUUAUAGUGGAGAGAAUACCGUUGGAGUUGCCGUUUGGGCGCAGAGCGAAGAGGGUGCAGGUAUAUCUGUUGGAUGGAAGGUGAAUUAUGCUGCUGAUAGUUCCUUGAAGGUUGUUGGUCUUGGGGAAGGAUUGAGGCCUACUUGGAGUGAAGAACGGGAAAAGUUUGCUUGA